AUGUCUGAAGCACCAAUAGUUCCGCCAGAUGACGAUGAAAUCCAGAAAUUCAUCUCAAAUGUGAUUACAGAAAACAUGAGAAAAUACUCACCAGAAGAUGAUUCUUGGACCGACCGACAUGAGAGAUUAGAAUUCGACAUACUUUCAUCUCGCGUAAUAAGAAUUUUCGACAUUCUAAUUGAACGUGUGGAAAUGUUUCUCUGUCUUCCUGCCAUGGUAGAAGAGCCCAAUCUACUUGAGAAUCAUCUUUCUGACGAGCAAAUUGACUUCCUCAAAAUGACAAUCCUCAACCCCGAAUGUAGAGCAAUGCCUGAGAUUUUAAAGAUCAUUACCCAAUCGACUCUUAUGGAGAAAGUAGCUGACUUCCGAAGCCGCAUCUCCAUGGAGGGUAACAAUGUGCUCCAAAAUUUGCAUGAAGUACGGAAGGUUGCUGGAUGGAGGUUGAAAAUGACAUCGGCGCGUGAGAUCAUCAAGGACCGUAUGUUGCACCAGAUGUACAAGGAUAAUGCCAAGUUCUCCACGAAGGUGGCCGACCUGAGGCGAAAGUAUGAGGUGGAGCGCAGAAAGACAGACGCAAUCCUCGCCAUCAAGCUCCACACCAUUGAUAAGUGUCGACGUGAGAUUGAAGGGAAGAAGCGUGAAAAUCAGGAAUAUAUCAAUCAUCAAAUUUUUCAGUCUGAAAAAAAUAUGAUGAAUAUCUGUGAGAUGAGCAAGAAGAACCAGCAGGAGUUGCGACGACAAAUAGAGCAAUCACAAACUUUCUAUGAAAAUCUCCUGCAGCGAAAUCUCAUUGCUGAAGAGCAUCUGCGGGAGCGCAAGCAGGCAAUUCAGGAUCAAUUGUUAGGGUGGAUUGGAAAGUAUGACGAGGACAUUGGCGAUAGAAGUAAAGAGCUUAUGCAGCUCGAAGCUAUUAUUUGUGAAGAGCGAGGACGAUUGGAUUCGCUCAAAAGGCAUUUUAUGGCACAAGAAGUGGAGUACAUUCGUUUGAUGGCACAAAAGGAGGCUGAAGAGAAGAGGAUUCAAGAGGAGAAACUCCUACUCUUCAUGAUGAAUCAUGCAGCUGUGACAAUCCAGCGGUGGUGGCGUCGUGUCCUUGCACGUAAGAAGUCCAAAAAGGGUCGAAAAGGCAAGGGGAAGGGCAAACGAAAGAAGUAA